CUUGUUUUCUGAAUACAGAUCUGUGAUAGUAGGCUCCGUAGUAGGCAGUUAAUACCAUAAUAGUAACUGAAACGACAUAACUUUAAUUGGAAAUUUCAAUUGUAUAAGGAUUAUUUUUUACAGUGAUUAAACAUGGCAACGGCUGGGAAAGGAACAAGUGUCGAAGACCGGGGCGAAAUACCUCAAAAUUCUUCAUCGAAAUUUAAGAAGAGAGGUGGUACCACUGAUGCAGGCAGAGACUACGAACAUCUCUACAUAGCGAACUUAAUUUUAAAAUUAAUAAAUGACGGUAACGUACAAAAUUUUUAUUUGUCGUCGAACGAUAGCGCAUAUGGUUCUUUCGAUGACGUUGUAGUUGAAAUUAUAUUCAAAGAUCGCACCGAAACGUUUGCUAUCCAGUUGAAACACGUCAGCAGAACAGGAGGAAUGCAAAUUGAGCAGUUAAAUGCAUCGAGUGGAAACUUUAGCGUCGAGAAGUAUUACAAAGGCUUUAAAAAGGAGCCGAAGUUGUCUGAACGUCCUACCAAGAUGGUUUUGUUUACCAAUUCUAAGCUAAACGAUGAACACAUAGAUCGGUUUAAAUUUGGCACAUUGACGCCAUGUAAACAAGACGGUUUGCUAAGCACUCGUAAUUCAGAGUUGGGAGGAGAGUGUUACAGAUUCGAAGAAAACGAAGAUAAAUUCGAAGAAUAUGGAUCUUUUUUUAAAAAUUUGUAUCUCUAUACUGGUCAAACAGAUGCCAAAGAACUGGAAACGUGUACAUUUGAGAUGUUCAAGGCGUAUUUCGGAAGCAACGAAACAGUUUUCCGGGAAUAUCUACAUUUUAUAACCCAUUGGAGCAUGAAGGAAGGAAACAAGUUUAAGUUAAAUAAAAUGUGGAUGAAAUACAUGAUAAGCCUUUGUGUAUUUUCAUCUUCUAUCAAACCAUUAUCUUUUGCUGCCGGUAGAACAGUGAACGCCAAAAGAAAAAUUUUUAAAGAAGCUGUUUCAAAAUUUGAUUUGACUCUUAUAAAUAAACACAAUUUCGAGAAAAUCGCCCCAGUUUGGUCAAAUGCUGUCGACGAUAUAGAUGAUAUGGCAGAAACGAUUAAAGUGAAUUACAAGUACCAACUUAUCAAUAACGGAAUAGAAACAAAAGAUAGUCUUUAUGAUAAAGACCCAACAAAAGUAUCGAAGCUCAUGUGGUUGCUGGGAAAAAGUCCGUUAGUCGUUGAAGGAUGCCCACAAGUAUAUCAAACAAUAAAAAUAUGUCAAGUUCAGAAUCUAAUUAUACUAGAUAAUCAAGAAACGUUUAAUGAGUGUGUUGGAAAAAGUAAAACUGACCCACGUCACGACAGUACAGAUGGUCAACAAAAACUAUACUUGUUUGGAAAAUUAUCUGACUUAAAAAAACACGUGCAGUUGUAUGAAGAAAUCCUUAAGAAUUUUACAUAUUCAUUGCAAGGUCAAAAAGAUGUUGCAAUGAAGUAUUUACUAGAAAUCUGCCAAGAUAGCGGCAACUUUAUCAGUACAGAUGAUUUAGUUGAAAUGACGGAAGCUCCAUUACUGAUUGGAAAAUACAAAGAUGUUUUGCCGCCCAGUCAUGUCGAAAGAAAAUUGGCAAAAGUUUUAAUAGAAGUAAAAUUUUUGCAAAAUAUUAAUGAAAAUACGAUUGUUUUAGUAGAUUGCGCAACAGAUGUCAAUUCUUUCAAACAGUUUUUACCAAAUUUAGUAAUCAGCGAAGUAAAUGACGUUGUGAUAUUCAGCCCGCAGUUCAUGAUCGAAAGAUAUAUGUUUUUUGGAAAAGAAGUUUCACAGGAGGAAUUUUCUGCAUUGUGUAAAAAAAAAUCUGAAGUUCAUUUCCAUCACUUCAGAUAUUUGGACAAUCAUCGCCUGGAGUGGUUGGAAAGUGGGAAUUAUGGCCCGGAACAAAAAUUUAUCAACGAACUUAAGACGUUUCGUCUACAAAGUGAAUUUACAGUGUACACUAUAGGCGAGGGCCAAUACUUUAAUCAUUCUCGACAAAAUAUCAACAUUAUUUGCGCCGAUGCUGGAAUGGGAAAAAGCACAUUAGCGAAGAGUUUAAAAAACAGUAGUAAGUCGACAUACUGGAUCAUUAUAAUCUACGCCAGAAACCACGCCUUACACUUCAGGAAGCAGGGAUCAAACCUGGAAAAUUUUUUAAAAUACGUUUUAGAAGAUACUUCACGGGAAUGCCGGAACCAAUUUCAUCAGAGAGUGUUUGAAAAAAUGCUGGAACAAAAUCAAAUACAACUCAUAUGGGAUGGACUCGAUGAAGCAACUGAUACCACUCAAAUUUCCAUUUUAACUUUAGUAAAUGUGUUUUCGGAAAAAGGAGUGAAACAAUGGUUGACUUCUCGAACCAACUUAAAGGAUAUCUUGGAAAACGAGUUAGGUACGUUUGCAAGAAAUAUACAACAAUUUAGUGAAGACGAACAAAAAGAAUAUAUUAAAAACCGUCUACAGAUUGCCGAUAAAGAGUUAAAUGACACUUUUAAUAAAAUAAAAAAAAAUGUAAUGUCUUUUCCAAAUUAUGAAAUUUUAGGCAUUGCUCUACAAAUUUAUAUGCUUACUGAAUUAUUUUUAAAAGACAAAGACAAAUACCUACCUUUGUUAGACGGUAUUUUCACUGUUCUUGAUUUAUAUGAACAUUUCAUUGAUGAAAAAUUUCAUGUUUUAUACAACGACAAAAACGAAAUAACAUUAAGGAACGAACAAAAUAUCCAAAAUUUCGAAACCGAAAAGAACGCUAGAAUGAAUCACUAUAAAAGUUUAGCUGCAACUUAUUACCUUUAUAACUCUUUAACAUACAAAAUUGUAAAUAAAUUAUUCUCUAACGACAAGACGACUGACAGAUUUGUAAAAAAAAUUAAAAACGAAGGAGAUGAUGUGGGAUUUAUAAGUCGCGUUAUUUCUAAAUAUGAUGUUGAAUUCAUUCACAAUUCGUAUGGUGAAUAUUUUGCAGCGUUAUAUCUAUUCGAACACAAACCAUCUAAAGUACGCGACAGAAAAUUUAUUUCUAAAACCAGGUGUAAAAAUAUUCGAUUUUUUUUAGAUUUAAUGUUAGCGAGAAAUUCGAAAUAUUUAGUAGGAGUUAUAUAUAAGAACCUUACAAUUCUAGAAGAAUGUAUACAUGCAGAUUUACGUCAAAAAGACGUUAUUGGUCGUGACGUUUUGGAAGUGGCUUGUGCCUGGAAUAAAAGUUAUCGACUUGUUGAAAACAAUAUUAUUUUGAAUGACAAAAGUUUCAACACUGAAUGGUUAAUCAAUAACAAAGACAAAGUCGUUGGAACUCUAAAUUAUCGCGAUAUAGCACCAAAAUUUUAUAAAUUCAGUUCAACGGGUCAUGUGUGUUUUAAAAAGUUGAUGAUUUUCUUACCAUUUUUGAUUCCAUUAUAUGACGGGAAUGAGUUCGAUGAAGAAUAUUUAGUGGCAGUUUUAUAUUAUGCAAUUAGAUUUGAUUGUCCAACAAUUUAUGAGUGCAUUGAAAAUUCCGUUCCCUUAAAAACCACAUACAAUAAUAUUCGUUCAAGAAGCAUUUUAGCCUUAGCCCUUUUUAACAGGUCAGCGAAAAUAUUAAAAAAAGUACUUUCCGAACAACGAAAUCAUUCCGAGUGGGACUGCGUAGAAGAACUUUUAAUUCUGGAUUCGGAAAUUGACGAAAUAUUGAGUUUUGCUUUACAAUUCCCGGAGUUUAGAAUAGAUGUGCCAAAUUCGAAAGGUCAGUCGUUGGCGCAUUAUGCAUUGGAAAAAAAUCUAACCAAGACGUUACGUUCAUUAAUUCUCAGAGAAGUGAACACGAAUUAUAAGGACAGAAACGGAAAACGUCCCAUACAUAUUGCACUUGAAAAGGGGCAUCUAGAUUUUUUCAAACACAUUGCGCAAAUUGACGUUUUGGAUAAAGACGGUCGGUUACCGCUUCAUUACGCUUGUGAGGAUGGAGAUUUAGGUAUAAUAGAAAUAUUGUUAGCGAAUGGUGCUAAAGUUGACGUUCCGGAUGGAAAUCGCCAGCUGCCGAUUCAUUAUGCACUGCGAAAAUGGCAUACAGUUAUUAUAGACGUACUAAUAAGGAAUGGCGCGAAAGUGGAUGUUCCGGAUGCAAGUGGACGUCUGCCGAUACAUUAUGCUUGUGAACACGGAAGCUUAACCAUGGUAGAAUUCAUGGCAAAAAAAGGAGCCACAUUUGAUGCUCCGGACAGAGGUGGUCAGCUAGCGUUGCACUAUGCGUGUAGAAAUGACCGGUGGGGAUACGAAAUAAUUUUAUUUUUGUUUAAAAAAGGUGUGAAAGUGGAUGUUCCGGAUGGGAAUGGACGGCUGCCGUUACAUUAUGCUUGUAAACAUGGACAUUUAGCUGUAGUUGAAAUACUGCUAAAGAAUGGUGCGCAAGUGGAUGUUCCGGACGAAAAUGGACGGUUGCCGAUACAUUAUGCUUGUGACUAUCAAGAUUUAGCUGUAGAUGAGAUACCGCAAAACAACACUGCGAAAGUUAACCUUCCGGAUGGAAAUCACCAGCUGCCGACUCCUUAUGCAUUUAAAAAAUGGCAUAAAGCUAUUAUAGAAGUACUAAUAAAGAAUGGUGCGAAAGUGGAUGUUCCGGACGGAAAUGGACGGCUACCUAUACAUUAUGCUUGUGAAAACGAAAGUUUAAAAACAGUAGAAUUAUUAGCAACUCAUGGAGCGAAAUUGGAUGUUCCUGACGGAAUUGGGCAACUGCCGAUACAUUGUGCAUUUGAAAAAUGGAAUACCGAUAUUAUAAUAGUACUUGUAAAAAAUGGUGCGAAAGUGGAUGUUCCACAUUUAAAAGGAUGGCUGCCGAUACAUUAUGCGUGUGAAAAGGGAAGAUUAAACAUGGUAGAAUUACUGGCAAUGAACGGAGCAAAAUUUGUUGUUCCGGACACAGAUGGUCAGCUACCGAUGCACUAUGCCUGUAGAAAUGAUCGGUGGGGAUAUGAAAUAAUUUUAUUUUUGUUUAAAGAAGGUGUGAAAGUGGAUGUUCCGGAUAGAGAUGGACGGCUGCCGAUACAUUAUGCUUGUGAACACGGAAAUUUAAACACGGUAGAAUUACUGGCAACGAAUGGAGCGAAAUUUAAUGUUCCGGACAAAGAUGGUCAGUUACCGAUGCAUUAUGCGUGCAGGAAUCACCGGAAGGGAUAUGAAAUAAUUUUAUUUUUGCUAGAAAAAGAUGUGGAAGUGGAUGUUCCGGGUGGAGAUGAACGACUGCCGAUCCAUUACGCUUGUGAACACGGAAGCAUAACCAUGGUAGAAUUACUAGCAACGAAAGGAGCCAAAUUGGAUCUUCCGGACAGAGGUGGUCAGCUACCGAUGCACUAUGCGUGUAGAAAUAACAGAUGGGGAUAUGAGAUAAUUUUAUUUUUGUGUAAAAAUGGUAUGAAAGUGGAUGUUUCGGAUGGAGAUGGACGACUGCCGAUACAUUAUGCCUUUCAAAAAUUUGAUACUGAUAUUAUAGCACUACUUGUAAAAUAUGGUGCCAAAGUGGAUAUUCCGGAUGGAGAUGGACGGUUGCCAAUACAUUAUGCUUGUGAACGAGGAAGAUUAAACAUGGUAGAAUUACUAGCAACGAAUGGAGCGAAAUUGAAUAUUCCGGAUGGAAAUGGACGACUGCCAAUACAUUAUGCUUUUCAAAAAUUUGAUAUAGAUAUUAUAAUACUAUUGGUUAAGUAUGGUGCGAAAGUGGAUGUUCCGGAUGGAGAUGGACGGCUGCCGAUACAUUAUGCUUGUGAAGACGGAAGCUUAACCAUGGUAGAAUUACUGGCAACGAAUGGAGCGAAAUAUGAUGUUCCGGACAGACGUGGUCAGCUACCGAUACACUAUGCGUGUAAAAAUAACAGGUGGGGAUAUGAAAUAAUUUUAUUUUUGUGUAAAAAUGGUGUGAAAGUGGAUGUUCCGGAUGGCGAUGGUCAACUGCCGAUACAUUAUGCGUUUAAAAAAUUUGAUACAGAUAUUAUAAUACCACUGUUAAAAAAUGGUGCGAAAGUGGAUGUUCCGGAUGAAAAUGGACGGUUGCCGAUGCAUUAUGCUUGUGAAAAAGGAAGACUAAGCAUGAUAAAAUUACUAGCAUUAAAUGGAGCGAAAUUUGAUGUUCCGGACAGAAGUGGUCAGCUGCCGAUGCACUAUGCGAGCAGAAAUCGUUGGUGGGGAUAUGAAAUAAUUUUAUUUCUGUGUGGAAAGGGUGUGAAAGUGGAUGUACCGGAUGGAGAUGGACGAUUGCCGAUGCACUAUGCUUGUGAAAAAGGAAGGUUAAACAUGGUAGAAUUACUAGCAACGAAUGGAGCGAAAUUUGAUGUUUCGGACAGAGGUGGUCAGCUACCAAUGCACUAUGCGAGCAGAAAUCUUUGGGGGGGAUAUGAAAUAAUUUUAUUUUUGUGUAAAAAAAGUGUGAAAGUGGAUGUGCCGGAUAUAGAUGGACGACUGCCGAUACACUGUGCUUGUGCACAGGGAAGAUUAAGCAUUGUAGAAUUACUGGGAACCAAUGGGGCGAAAUUUGAUGUUCCGGACAGAGGUGGUCAGCUACCGAUGCACUAUGUGACCACAAAUUUCUUGGAAGGAUAUCAAAUAAUUUUAUUUUUGUGUAAAAAAGGUGUGAAAGUGGAUGUUCCGGAUGGAGAUGGACGACUCCCAAUACAUUGUGCUUGUGAAGAGGGAAGAUUAAGCAUUGUAGAAUUACUGGCAACGAAUGGUGCGAAAUAUGAUGUUCCGGACAGGGGUGGUCAGCUACCGAUACAUUAUGCUUGCAGAAAUUGCAUUAAUGGAGAUGAUAUAAUUUUCUUUUUGUGUAAAAAAGGUGUAAAAGUGGAUGUUCCGGAUGGAGAUGGACGACUGCCGAUACAUUAUGCUUGUGAACAGGGAAGCUUAACCAUGGUAGAAUUAUUGGCAACGAAUGGAGCGAAAUUUGAUAUUCCGGACAGAAAUGGUCAGCUACCGAUGCACUAUGCGACCAAAAAUAUCUUUCUAAGAGAUCAAAUAAUUUUAUUUUUGUGUAAAAAAGGUGUGAAGGUGGAUGAACCGGAUGGAGAUGGACGACUGCCAAUACAUCAUGCUUGUGAACACGGAAGCUUAACCAUGGUAAAAUUACUGGCAACAAAUGGAGCGAAAUUUAAUGUUCCGGACAGAGGUGGUCAGCUACCGAUCCACUCUGCUUGUAGAAAUCGUUGGCGGGGAUAUGAAAUAACUUUCUUUUUGUGUAAAAGUGGUGUGAAAGUCGAUGUUCUGGAUAGGGAUGGACGACUGCCGAUACAUCAUGUUUGUGAACGCGGAUCUUUACACAUGGUACAAUUGCUUGCAACCAAUGGAACGAAAUUUGAUGUUCCGGACAAAUGUGGUCAGCUACCGAUGCACUAUGCGUGUAGAAAUGGCCAGUCUGGAUAUAAAAUAAUUUUAUUUUUGUGUAAAAAUGGUGUGAAAGUGGAUGUUCCGGAUGGGGAUGGACGGUUGCCGAUACAUUAUGCUUGUGAACACGGAAGUUUAACCAUGGUAGAAUUACUAGCAACGAAAAAGGCCAAAUUUGAUGUUCCGGACAGAGGUGGUCAGCUACCGAUGCACUAUGCGUGUAGAAAUAACCUGUGGGGAUAUGAAAUAAUUUUAUUUUUGUUUAAAAAAUGUAUGAAAGUGGAUAUUCCGGAUGGAGAUGGACGACUACCGAUACAUUAUGCUUGUGAAAAUGGAAGAUUAACCAUGGUAGAAUUACUGGCAACGAAUGGAGCGAAAUUGGAUGUUCCGGAUAGAGGUGGUCAGCUACCGAUUCACUAUGCGAUCCGAAAUAUCUUGUACGGACAUGUAAUAAUUUUAUUUUUGUGUAAAAAAGGUGUGGAGGUGGAUGUUCCCGAUGAAAAUGGACGACUGCCCAUACAUUAUGCUUGUAAACAGAGAUGGGUAGAUAUGAUAAAAUUACUGGCAACGGUUAAUGCUCUUGACAGAGGUGGUCAGCUACCGGUGCAAAAUCCAAGAAGAAAUCACUGGGGAGGAUAUGAAAAAAUUAUAUUUUUGUGUAAAAAUGGUGCGAAACUGGAUGUUAGGGAUGAAGAUGGACGAUUACCGAUACAUUACGCUUGUGAACACGGGGACUUAAACACGGUAGAAUUACUGGUAAAAAUGAUGAAUACAGUGAAAUUAGAUGUUCCAGAUAGAAGUGGUCAGCUACCGAUGCAUUACGCGUGCAGAAAUGGCAGGAAGGCAUAUGACAUAAUUUUAUUUUUGUGUAAAAAAGGUGCGAAAGUGGAUGUUCCGGAGGAAGAUGGACGGCUGCCGAUACAUUAUGCUUGUGAACACGGAAAGUUAAACACGGUAGAAUUGCUGGCAACGAAAGGAGCGAAAUUUGACGUUCCAGACAGUGGAGGUCAGCUACCGAUGCACUAUGCGAGCAGAAAUCGCUGCGGGGGAUAUGAAAUAAUUUCAUUUUUGUGUAAAAAUGGAGCGAAAGUGGAUGUUCUCGAUGGAGAUGGACGGCUGCCGAUACAUUAUGCUUGUGAAAGCGGAAAUUUGGAGAUGAUAAAAUUACUGGCAACGAAUGGGGCGGCAUUUGAUGUUCCGGACAAAUGUGAUCAGCUACCGAUACACUAUGCAUGCAGGAAUCGGUGGGAGGGAUAUAAAAUAAUUUUCUUUUUGUGUAAAAAAGGUGCGGAAGUGAAUGUUCCGGAUGGAGAUAGACGUUUGCCGAUACACCACGCUUGUGAACACGGAACUUUAGAUAUUGUAAAAUUAUUGGCGUCGAAUGGUGCGAAAGUGUAUGUUCCGGAUCAAAGUGGUAAACUGCCGAUAGACUAUGCCCGUAAAAAUCGAAAUUUUGAUAGUGAAAUAAGAAUAUUUCUGUUAAAAUGCAUGAAACGUAAAAUAGCCCACGAAACUUAAUAUGGACAAUGGUCAGUUAGCGAUUUAAAGACGUCGUGUAGUUCCAGUAGCAACUUUUAUUGCGUUCAUUUGACUUGUUUAUAUUAAAUUCAGUCAAUGACUACUAUUUUAUAGUUACUAAUCUUUUUCAUUUACUAGUGCCACUUCUAUGCGCGUUUAAAUAAGACGUAAAACUUUUAAAUCAUAAUACACUUGCUACAAUAUUUUCUUCUUUUAUGCCCUAUAAUCGAAACAGACAGCUUCGAAAUAUAGGGAGCAAACUGGUUAGAAGAAUUACUAACUAUAUGUUCAUUUAAUCAAAGUUUUCUAAAAAUAUUAGCAAAAACAAAAUUAUAGUCCAAAAUCUAAAAACAAUUGUUGCAUUUCAGUUCCUGUGUGAUUUUUAAUGAAAUAUAUUAGGACUAAAUUAUCAAAAUAUGUUAAAAGUAAAAAUGUUGUAUGUGAAAUAUUUGCUAAAAUGCCAUUAAACAUACGAUUUCUUUUAAACGACAUCACUUUGAACAUCAUAAAGAAACAAUUAAGAAAACUAGUUUACAUGCUAAAGGAAUAUUUUUAGUUUAAACCAUUGAAUUCGUAAUUUUUUUAAGAUGUAUCACGAUUAUUGUAGUGCAUCGUAGUAUAAAGCACGUUAACCGACCAACGAAAAUGGGCAUAUAGAUCAGAAUUAAAUUUCGUUAUCACGUUUUUAAGUAUGAGUUAUACUAAAAAAAACACACAAUAAAACAAUAUACAUCAUAGAAGUUAUUAAUAUUCAAAUCUAGUUCUAAAAAUUUGUAGAGGAAUGACCAAAUAUUUCAACGGUUUGCGUAGUUAUGUUUAUGUAGGAUCUAAUUAUUUUUAAGAGUUUAAAUGUCGUCUAAUCAAUUUAUAUGUUUUACAUAUCAGUUGUAUAUUUUUUGUAUAAUUGGCCUCGUUCGAUGUUGACACGGUUAAGUUUAUUUAUAUAUAUUAUUUAUGUAUUAUGAACAUUGAAAUUAUCGAUUGUCUAGGUAAUUAAAAACCUACUCGAGGCUGCCUCUUACUUUAUUGUUUGUUUUUCGUAUGUCGUAGUAUUUGCUAUUGUGUUCAAGACACUUGUCAUUAACUCAGUCUAAAGGUUAUUAAUUCACUACAGUCAAUGUGACAACGGAGGACAGCUUUCAAGAUUCAUUUCAAAGCUGGUGACAUAACACUCUUGACGAGAUUUUUAUUUAGACACCCAAUGUUUGACAACAAAGGUAAAAUACAGGGUGUUUUGUAACAAAACCAUGUGUUUAUUACAUCAAGAUGUGUAUAUUAAUAACUAAUCUAUGGAAAUAAAGGCGAUAUUUGUUUGUGUU